AUGUGUUCCAACGGCACGGGUAUUCUCUGUAGAAUGCCCUGGAGUCGUUAUUCAUUUUUAAGCAGAGAACAUGUAAACGAUGGAAUUGUUCCAAAUAAUCUUAAAUUCAUCCUAUUGAAAGGUAUUUAUAACCAAAAUGACAUUUCAAAUGUGUUGAAACUGAUUGGCAAAUGUGCCUCCGAUUAUAAACUCGUUUAUAACACUAAUUGGUCCAAUAUUUACAAUGCAAUUUACUCCUCAGUGAGUCAGUCUGACUCAUUCUGGAGGUUCGGAAGUUUAGUAAAACUACUCCAAAACGCUUCAUAUCUCUCCAGUAAACUUACUAAAUCUCCAAACAUAAACUUUCUAAAGGAAAUUAUCUCAUUUGUAACGAGAAAGUUGGGGAAGAACAUUUGUGAAGUGAGUGACAAGGACGUUGUGAGGGUAAUUUACUGCUGUUCCAAGGGUAAUUUUCUGCAAAAUUCCUUUGUCCCAAAGUCGUUCCUAAUACUCCUCCAAAACGAAGUUUUACAAAGGAUUAAAAGAUUUGAGACCAUUGAUUUACUCAAAUUGUUACACUCUGUGAGUAAUAAUUUUGAUCAAGAAUUUAAGAUUUUUAUUAUUAAUCGAAUUCUCUCAAAAAUUAACAACCUCGGAUCCGACAUAAGUAAUUUGAUAUGUUAUUUACACAAUUAUAACAUGUUAAAUACGAAUAAAUCAAUUUUAAAUAAUAACAUCGCGAAAAGACUGUAUGGAAAUUUGGAUAAAGAUGUGUUGAUAACAGUGGGACUGAGUCUUGUAAUGUACAAAGUUGCGACACUGAGGAAUUUGGAAAUUAUUCUUAGUAAAUUUCAAUCCCUUGACCUCAAUUUUAACGACGUUUUAAUGUUAAAACUGGUCAUUUACUACCUGAAAUAUAAUAACAAAGAUUUGUUUGAAAUGUUGAGUGAUGGUACGAGAAAAUUUGUUGAUAAAAUAUUAUUAAAUUUUCCUAACCAUUUGGACUACAAAUUGUUUGACCUAAACUACAGUAGUGUAAAACAGUAUAAAAAGGUAAAUCAAGUGUUAAAGGAGCUGGAACUGGAGUUUAUUCCUUAUGUUCAUGGGCCAUAUCUGUUACCCCUGUAUGAUCCAAUUAACCAAUCAGCUAUUAUUAUCAAUCACAAUAGUAAUACUACUGGUAACACGGUGGAAGAUUCAGGGGUAAAUUCAGAAUUAUUGAGUAGAGUUGACAAUUUUAUGUAUAAUAAUUUGGCAUAUUAUAACGAGAAUAAAUUGUACCAUUUACGAUGUGAAGGGAUUAAAGUUGUUGAAAUUGACCAGGAAUUUUUCAAAUUGAAUGUUGAAGAACAGGUGAAUUUGUUGAAUAAUAAAGUUCAGGGAAUCUAA